AUGCACUACUCGAUACACGCCCAGCAUCCGCCUCCUUCGCCAACGCCGUUCCUGGCCCAGUACGGCGGCGUACAUCCGCCUCACCAUCAUGUUCACCAUCCUUCAAUGUCCCUGCAGUCUUAUGCAUCACCCACGACUAUCCACCAGCUCGCUCAGCCACAGCGGCGUCAACCACAGUCGUCUCCUCCACUCAAUGGCACUAAUGGGUCGCAGGUGCCGACAAUGAACCCUCAUUGGAGCGCGCAGUUGAUGAAAGCAGAGGCGAGCCCCCAACAUCACAGAGCCCGUCAAUCCGCUCUUGCUACGCGUAAUGCUGCAAAGUCUGCCAUCCCAAUCACAAACCCAAACCUCAAGAACCUGUUGGCAGUCAAGGAGAAUGGCCACGCAAGAGAUGACUCUCAAUCCUCGUUGGUCACUGAGUCCUCUGGUACUCAGGAACCCGCGGAUGGAGAGCAUCCGUCCUCUACAAGUGCUCCUAUUGCGCAGAUUCAACGUCCAACUGCCCCACGCAAAGCAGAGGGCACCUGGACGAUCCUUGACAUGGGCGGCAUGGCGCUCAAAAACCUCUCGCCCGGAUUAUUCACUUUCAACUUUCUCACCACGCUCUACCUAAACCACAACAAUCUCACCACCAUUCCCAGCGAGAUUUCACGCUUACGCGGCCUGAUCCACCUCGACCUCACAGGGAACCAGCUCACCAUCGUGCCACCUGCUCUAGGCAUGCUCACUGGUCUCCGAGAGCUUUUUUUGUUUGACAACAACCUCUCGACGCUUCCCUACCAAUUAGGAAGUCUGCAUCAACUAGAAAUGCUCGGCAUCGAAGGCAAUCUGAAGAUGGACGAAAAGAUUCGUUCUAUUGCCAUCAACGAGGGCACCAUUGGCGUCAUUGCCUACCUGCGGGACAACUUUAUGCCUACCGAAGAACCACGGCCUCGAAAGUGGGUUCAGGUCGGUACGGAAGCAGAGCGUAAAGCACUCCCAUCGGACACGGGUUCUGUUCCAUUCAGUGUCCUGUGUUACAAUAUCCUCUGCGAAAAGUAUGCGACGUCGCAGAUGUAUGGGUACACGCCAACCUGGGCUCUCGCUUGGAGCCACAGAAAGGAUAGGAUCAUGUCUGAAAUCCUUGAUUUACAGUCGGACAUUGUCUGUCUCCAGGAAGUGGACCAGGAGCAGUUUCAGACGUUCUUCCAGCCGACACUCCUAGAGCGAGGCUAUGAAAGCUGCUAUUCGCCCAAGUCUCGUGCAAAGACUAUGACUGGGGCAAAGCAAAAAGAGGUGGAUGGCAGUGCUACCUUCUUCAAGGCUGACAAGUUCAAGCUGGUAGAAAAUGUCGUCAUCGAGUUCCGCGCGAAUGCUCUUCAGCGCACCGAUCUCGCCAAGACGGACGACAUUUUUAAUCGCGUAGCCCAGCGAGACGAUAUUGCGUUGACGUGCUUGCUCGAAGAGCGGCAGACUGGUAUUCGACUUAUUGUCGCCAACGCUCAUAUCUUCUGGGACCCAGAGUACCGAGACGUCAAGCUCGUCCAAGUGUCACUCCUUGUUCACGAACUAGAAGCCAUCUCAGAUCGAUUUGCCAAGCUCCCUCCGAUGCAAAACGCAGACGGGACAAAGGGUGCUGCGUAUGAUGAUGGCUCCAAGAUUUCGACGUUGAUCUGUGGUGAUUUUAACUCUGUUCCGGAUUCUGGAGUGUACCAGCUCUUGUCGACGGGAUCCGUGCAAGGAGAUCAUCCAGAUUUCAUGGGCAAGAACUAUGGAAAGUUUACGACCAGCGGUGUCUCGCAUCGCCUGGGCCUCCGGAGCGCCUAUGCGGGGAUUGGCGAACUCCCGGUGACAAAUUAUACGCCCAGCUUUCGAGGUGGGAUCGACUACAUUUGGUACUCGACACAGUCCAUCUCCGUGCUCGAUGUUCUGGGUGAGGUGGACGAAGAGUAUCUGGGCAAAGUGGUCGGCUUUCCGAAUGCGCACUUUCCAUCCGACCACAUUCAUAUCAGCGCGCAGUUUGUCGUCAAGCCGCCUCGGGAAACAACCUCCAAGGCGGGUCCACCAGGUCUCCGUCGUCCAGCUUAG